AUGCAGGCUAAUGGCUGCCCUCAGCACAAUGGAGAGACAGAGGAGUCAGCAAGCAGCUCACAACAAAAUGGGGCAUGUUUAUCAACUACUAAUGGGGGUAUGCAUGGAUCGAAUAACAACUGCCCUAAUCCUAAAAUAAUGUCUAGAACAGAUCAAGAUAUAGUACGUCUAAUCGGGCAGCAUUUGCGAGGACUGGGGUUGAAUCGAACUGUUGAACAGUUGAUUGUUGAAUCUGGAUGUAUGUUAGAGCAUUCUUCAGCUGCUAGAUUUAGAGCCCAUAUUAUGGAUGGAGAAUGGGAAAAGGCUGAUCAUGAUUUAAAUGAUUUGAAAGAAAUGGUUGAUAGCCAACAGAGCAUUAUGAAAAUGAGGUUUUUGUUGUUAGAACAGAAAUAUUUAGAAUAUUUAGAAAUUGGAAGAGAAUUGGAUGCUCUUCAUUGUUUAAGACAUGAAUUAACACCAUUAAAAUAUAAUACAGAAAGAGUCCAUGCAUUAAGUUCAUAUAUGAUGUGUAGUAAUGCAAAUGAUUUGCGAGAAAUGUCUGAAUGGUCUGGGAGAGGACCAGAAUCACGUCAAAAACUUAUUGAAAAACUUCAAACCUUCCUACCUCCAACUGUGAUGUUACCACCUGGUCGUUUAUUAACAUUAUUAACACAAGCAGUUGAUAUGCAGAAAGAUAGAUGUCCAUACCACAAUACCAAACUAGAUAAAAAUCUUGAUUGUUUCUCUUUAUUAUUAGAUCAUUCAUGUUCAAAAGAUCAGUUUCCAUGUCACACCAGUCAGAUAAUAAAUGAUCACUGUGAUGAAGUAUGGUUCUGUAGAUUUUCACCUGAUGGUAGGAAACUAGCUACAGGGUCUAAAGAUGGCAAUAUGAUUAUAUGGGAUGUUGACUUUGAAACUUUUGAACUACGUCACAGAAAAUCAUAUGAGAAUAAUUCUUACGGUGUAGCGUUUUUAGCCUGGAGUCCAGAUAGUAGUCAUAUAUUAGCUUGUGGGCCAGACGAUUGCUCAGAAUUAUUAUUAUGGAAUAUUGAAACUGGAGAAUUACGUCAAAAAAUAAGUCAAUCCCCUGAAGAUAGUUUAACUAGUGCUGCCUGGCAUACUGAUGGUAAAAAAUUUGUUACUGGUGGUACUAGGGGACAAUUUUAUAUUUGUGAUAUAGAUGGUACUAUGUUAGAUAAUUGGGAAGGUGUUAGAGUACAAUGUUUAGCUUGUUCCAACGAUACCAAGUUAUUUUUAGCAGCAGAUACCCAUCAUAGAAUUCGAGCGUAUAAUUUUGAUGAUCAACAUGACUGUAAUAUAUUACAAGAGGACCAUCCUAUUAUGUCUUUCACUGUCAAUGAUACUGGCAGAUUAGCAUUAGUUAAUGUAGCAACUCAGGGUGUUCAUCUAUGGGAUUUAAAAGAUAAAGUGUUAUUGAGAAAGUUCCAAGGUGUAACACAAGGUUUCUAUACAAUAUUUUCAUGUUUUGGAGGAAUCAACCAGGAUUUUGUAGCUAGUGGUAGUGAAGAUAAUAAAGUGUAUAUAUGGCACAGUAAAAAAGAAGCACCAGUAGCCUCAUUAGAAGGUCAUAGUAGAACUGUGAACUGUGUACAUUGGAAUCCUAAAUUACCUAGUAUGUUAGCUAGCGCCUCAGAUGAUGGUACUGUUAGAAUAUGGGGACCAUUAGAUAAAGUGAGUAAUGGGAAUGAAUCAGGUAGAAGUACACCAGUAUGA